AUGUUGACCACGACAACAAUAACCGCCAGGCCCUGCUCCAGCGACUGCAUCGUCUUGCGUUUGGCCUCGAUUCCGGCCCGUAGUCCCAGAGAGACCUUUUGCAAAACACCUGCGGCUUCCGCCUUGAGCCCCGAGUCCUUCGUGACUUUGUCGGCCGCCUCGAAUCCGACCCCGAAAUCAAUCAUCAAAAGCUUUCUUCGAGUACAACUUCGUCAAUGGCAUCGCCCGCUUCAAGAUGCCCGAGUCACCCAAGCCGUCAGCGACGCCCUGUCAGUGCCCGACAACCUCGAAGUCGUGAAUUUGCCCAACUUCCCCCUUCAUCACCCACACGACGGCGGCCGGACACUGCCUGAUGCCGCCUGGACUAUCCUCGACCAGGAGGCCCACCCCACCAACCAGCACCCAGUUGUUGCCGCCGAGGUUGCGGUCUCGAGCCCUCGCACGCUCCACGAACUGGCUCAGCGCGCGUGUGACAUCAUUGAGGACUCUAACGACGGCAUUUUGAGCGCCGUUGUAGCUAGCAAGCUUUAG